AACAGCCGUCAGAUCGCUGUGGAAAGCCGUAGGUGGUUAACUACUUUUUUUUUUGGAGGGAUGGUGGCUAAUUACUUGUUUUGUAAUAGUUCGAUCCUGAUUCCUGAUUCCUGAAGCCGCCGCACCCAACCUUCUCUCGUCCUGAUCCACCCUAGCCAGGUUGCCAGCCAGGCAGGCCCCUCGCGCAGCCGGCCUCCCACUCGCCGCUCCUCAGGCCGCCGCACGGAGCUCGCCCCGCCGGCCACCACUCCGCCACCCGCCGCAGGAAAGCGAGGUCCUAGUUACCGGAAGAGUUGGGAAUGGAGGGUGCAGCGACGGAGAACUCGACGGUGCCCAUGGUGGCUCCGGAGGCGGCUGACCAUGCAGGUCAGCAUGUGGAUGGUUCGACGGUGCCCAUGGUGGUGCCAGAGGCGGCUGUUGACGCAGAGCAGCAUGUCGAGCGCUCGACGGUGCCCAUGGUGGUGCCAGAGGCGGCUGUCAACACGGACCAGCAUGUCGAGGGCUCAACAGCGCCCAUGGUGGUGCCAGAGGCAGCUGUCAACGCAGACCAGCAUAUCGAGGGCUCGACAGUGCCUAUGGUGGUGCCAGAGACAGCUGUCAACGCGGACCAGCGUGUUGAGGGCUCAACAGUGCCUGUGGUGGUUCCAGAGGAGGCUGUCGACACAGACCAGCGUGCUGACGCCGUGGCAGCGCCCAUGGUGAUGACUGAAGCAGAUGUAGAUGCAGACCAGCGUGCUGACAGCGUGGCAGCACCCAUGGUGACGACUGAAGCAGCUGCUGACGCGGAUCAUCCUAUCGAGGAUGCGGCUACCCAGGACAGGAAGCACGGGGAUGAUGAAGGAGUUGUCAAUGUUACUCCUGAGGAAAUGAGAGCCAUCAUCGAAGUUAUAGCUGAGACGGGGAAGUUCUGGCACGACUGGAGUUUUCUCAAGAGAUUGUUGUCUCUCCAAUUGAUGCAGGUCUUGGGUGAAUAUUCUGAGGCUCAAAUGGUGAUCCGAGAGGACGGGCAGCAACAGAAUUCCUUGUUUAGAGAGACGCACUCAGAGCUGUUUAGCCAGCUCAAUGAUGCUCUCUUGAGGUUUGAAGAGGGUCCUCCGUUUACACUUCAAAGGCUUUGUGAGAUUUUGUUGGAUCCAAAAGGAACAUACACAAAAUUGUCGAAGCUUGCUUUGGCCUUGGAGAAGAACCUCCUAGUCACGUCUACCAUAACUAAGUGUACUGAACCCUACCCUACUGCUCAUGGGCCAAAUUCAGAAGGACCAGUGAUCACAGAAAACACAGGUUCUGUUGAUGUAGAGCCUGAAAGGCCGGCAGAGCAUCCUGCAGCAGUGCCCAAUGGAACACAGUAUGCAGGAGGUGAUGGUGAUGAAGAGAUGGCUGACGCAGAAGCGGAGGGGCUGCCUGGUAGCCAUGAUGUCGAGAUGCAGGAGGAGAAGCCUGAUCAAAUUCCAGAUGUUAACUCUGACACCAACUCAGUUACUGCAGUUGCUUGUGAAACAGUUAAUGCUAGUGAAAAAGCUCCAGAUUCACAAAGUUGAGCUCACUCGCAGCAAAGGCCAGAAGACCUAGUGCAGCUCUCUUUAACAAUCCAGCUAUUGUGACAUCUCUGUGACUAGCUGAUUAUGCUAUGUGAUUCUCCCAUGAAUCACACCCAUAGACAAUAUGAUUAGGGGUUCGUGCUGUAUGCUUUGAAGUUGUUGUGAGCCGUCGAAGAUGGAAAUGGAUAUCUUGACCAUGGUUGAGAUGAAUGAAAUUCUCCGAGGAAAAAUGUACUCAAAAUGGCGAUGGCACAUUCUCCUUGGUUGUCACCUGAAUGUAUGUGGACUUCUUCACUUCACUUCCAGGUGCCAAAAGUUAUGAUGUACCCAAGGUUAGUCAAAUUGGAUAUUUGGCUAUCCUUUUUUGCAACUUGUACUGUAGUGAACUUGUGCAUCAUUAGAAAGUGACAUCUUUCCUGCCCCAUUUUUACUGUGAAGCAAUUAACCUUGGCCGCGUAUUGACCUUCUA